AUGGGGCCCCUGUGUCCUUGCCCAAACUCAAAAAAGCCUAUGUCAGGGGCGGACUGACAACUCAUGGGGACCCCGGGCAAUAGGGGAUCAUGGGGCCCCUGUGUGCUUGCCCAAACUCAAAAAGCCUAUGAAAAAGGUACUAGGGGCAUCUCAUGGGGCCCCCUACUGACCCUGGGCCCUCGGGCAGUGCCCGAGCUUCCAAAUGGUCAGUCCGUCCCUGCUUGUACCACAUUUGGUAGAACCUGACCACUGCAAACUGGAAACAACCAACAAGAGC